AUGUCUGACAACGAGGGCGAAUCNCCCACGAAGGGUGAGAAGAAGGCCAUCAUCUUCACUGACAAGGAAGAAAUGGUCCUGAAGGCUGCCUGGCGCUGCCUGAAAUCCGGUCCUCUCGAAGUAAGAGCCCACCCAUCAUAUCUUGCGCACACUGAUCUGACAAGUCCANNGAUCGAUAUGGAGAAGUUGCAGAAGGCUGCAAACUUCAACACCCUCAAGACUGCUUCCAACACUUGGGGUGUCAUCAAGAAGAAGCUCUUUAGUGAUGUUGACGGUGGCUCACUCCCUACCGCUCCCAACACUCCUGUCAAGCCCAAGGCCGCACCCAAAGGCAAGAAGGCCGCUACCACCGCUACUCCUUCAAAGAAGCGCGCCAAGAAGGACUCGGAUGACGACUCUGAUGAUGAGGGCAGAACCCUCAUCAGCAAGAGAAACAAGUCUUCAGCUGCCAAGAAGACUGUCAAGACCGAGGACUCUGAUGAUGAUUGA